AUGAAGCUCGCAACCACCCUUGUUACAUUGGCCUUCCUAAUCCCCACUAUUCUCACCUCACCAACCCGCAACCCAGAACGCUCGCUACCCGACUACCUAGCUAUAAUAUCCUCCCUCACAGACGCGACGAACGACUUCUCCUCCUGGAUCACCGAGUACGCCUUGGGCACAAUCACGGGGCCCGAUCUCCUCACCCACUCCACGGACCUUCUCGACGCCUACGCCGGCCUUUCAGGCACCAUCAUCCAGCUAGAUCCACUCAGCAACUCCGACGCGCUCGGUCUCCUCAACCCGGUCCUAGGCCUUAGGGAUGCGACGGGCGAUAUGGUCGAUACCCUUAUAACUGUGCAGUCGAGCUUUAUUGGUGAUGGACUCAAUGAUGAGAUCUUGGUCUGGUUGGGCGAGUUGAAGGGCGAGAUGGAGUACUUGAGGGAUCGGAUUGUGGAUAAGGUGCUGGCUGUGUUGAAGGACGCGGUGUACGACGUCUUGAACUCUAUCCCAGAGCAGAUUGGAAGGGGGGAAGAUGCUUUUUGGACUUGA